CGCCGGGGCUCGGCGGCGGAAGAGUUAAACCGGGGAAGCGCCGCAGCUCCGGGGCGGCCCCCGGCCCCCCCUUGCCCCUUGCCCGGCCAUGCCCGCCCGGCGCCCGCCGCUGCCAACUCGCGCUGCGCUUUCUCCGGGGCCGGGCGGCGGCGGCCGGCCCUGAGCGCUCCGCUCCCGGCGGCUCCCGGCGGCUCCCGGCGGCUCCCGGCGGCUCCCGGCGGCUCCCGGCGGCUCCCGGCGGCUCCCGGCGGCUCCCGGCGGCUCCCGGCGCCAGGCCGGGCCCGGCGCUGCCCUCAGCGAGCCCCUUUCUGUCCUCAGACAAGCCCAGAGUGCUGCCUGACAGGAGCCAGAGAUGACCAAGGAAGAAGAUCUACCAGACUGGAACUCAUCCAAGGAGUUUUAUGAAAAAUAUGAGCCGAAGGAGAUUUUGGGCAGGGGGGUGAGCAGCGUGGUGCGGCGCUGCAUCCACAAGACCACGAGGCAGGAGUACGCCGUGAAGAUCAUCGACAUCACGGCGGGGAACAUCUCCCCCAAGGAGGUGCAGGAGCUGCGGGAAGCCACCACCAAGGAGAUCGACAUCCUCCGCAAGGUCUCGGGCCACCCCAACGUCAUCCAGCUGAAGGACAGCUAUGAAUCCAGCACCUUCUUCUUCUUGGUGUUUGACCUGAUGAAGAGAGGGGAGCUCUUUGACUACCUCACUGAGAAAGUCACCCUGAGCGAGAAAGAAACCAGGAAGAUCAUGCGAGCGCUGCUGGAAGUGAUCCAGUACCUGCACUCCAUCAACAUCGUCCACCGGGACCUGAAGCCGGAGAACAUCCUGCUGGAUGAUGACAUGAACAUCAAGCUGACAGACUUUGGCUUCUCCUGCCAGCUGAACGAGAAUGAGAAGCUCAAAGAGAUCUGUGGCACUCCUGGCUACCUGGCCCCCGAGAUCCUGCAGUGCUCCAUGGAUGAUGAGCACCAAGGCUACGGGAAGGAGGUGGAUAUGUGGAGCACCGGGGUGAUCAUGUACACGCUGCUGGCCGGCUCGCCGCCCUUCUGGCACCGCAAGCAGAUGCUGAUGCUGCGUAUGAUCAUGAACGGCGAUUACCACUUCGGCUCCCCGGAGUGGGACGACCGCUCCGACACCGUCAAGGACCUGAUCUCGCGGUUCCUGGUGGUGGACCCGCGGCAGCGGUACACGGCGGGCGAGGCGCUGGCGCACCCCUUCUUCCAGCAGUACGACGUGGAGGAGGUCCGGCACUUCAGCCCCUUCCGCAAGUUCAAGGUGAUCUGCCUGACGGUGCUGGCCUCGGUGAGGAUUUACUACCAGUACCGGCAGGCCAAGUCAGUGACUCGGGAGCUGGUGGUCAGGGACCCGUACGCGCUCAAGCCCGUCCGCAAGCUCAUCGACGCCUGUGCCUUCCGCACCUACCGCCACUGGGUGAAGAAGGGGGAGGCCCAGAACAGAGCUGCCCUCUUUGAGAACACCUGCAAGGCCAUCCUGCUCACCCUGGCAGCCGAGGAGGAGCUGUUCUGAUCCCUGCCCCGGCCCCUGCUUCGGCUCAGUUAGGCGAGUAAAACCUUGGAAAACAGAA